AUGCAGCCGUCACCGAGCCUCUCCGCUAGCCUCGGCCGCGAUGAAAUAGACGUCAGGCAGCUUGGCUACAGCGAUGAUAUUUCGUCUCUCGCAUUAGCGUUCAUUCCGUUUCCCUUUUCCGCUGGCGGAGCAGCAUACACGAUGGUUGCACCUGAAGGACCCCGGCGAUUCUCAACGAGUAACGAGGAGCGCGUCGGCCUACUCAAAGCGCAUGAUAACGCCGCAAAGCAACACCAGUAUGGGGCAAUUCCAGACCCUGCAGAAUUGGAAGGACUCCUCGCCCAGGGUGAACUGGUGGAAGAGCUGGAAACGACAGCAGGAAAUGAAGCUAAGCUGUUGUUGAAGUAUAGUGUUCCGCUUAUUGGGACGUAUCUUCUUCAGUACAGCUUCUCGUUGGUCACCAUCUUUGUCGUUGGACAUAUUGGGACUGACGAGCUGGGUGCCGUCUCUCUCGCUACGAUGACAGCUAAUAUCACGGGAUUGGCCGUGUAUGAGGGGCUUGCUACGAGCCUGGAUACGCUUUGCGCACAGGCGUACGGAUCUGGGAAGAAGACCAUGGUCGGCCUCCAUUUGCAAAGGAUGAUCUUGUUCAUGCUGCUGGUCACGGUACCAAUUGGCGCGUUAUGGCUCUGUUCUGGAUGGUUCCUGGCAGCCCUUGUUCCAGAGAAAGAAUUGGCCCAUCUAGCGGGUCGAUAUCUGGCUCUGCUUCUUGCAGGCGCCCCAGGAUACGCAAUUUUUGAGGCGGGAAAACGGUUCACGCAGGCACAAGGACUCUUCAACGCGUCGCUUUUUGUUCUGUUGAUUGCAACCCCGAUCAACAUUGUACUCAACUACGUUUUCGUCUUUGUACUUGACUGGGAUCUCGCUGGUGCUGCGCUUGCGACUGUUGUCAGCAACAACCUACUGCCGCUACUACUAUGGAUCUACGUCUACUUCGUUAAUCCGGCUUCGUUGGAGUGCUGGGGAGGGUUUACGAAGUUGGCAUUCUCGCAUUGGGGCCCUAUGAUCAAGCUUGCGAUACCAGGAAUCCUCAUGGUCGAGACGGAGUGGCUCGCAUUUGAUAUUCUUACCUUCUCUACAAGCUAUCUCAGUACUGCCCAUUUGGCCGCGCAGAGUAUUGUCAUGACUCUUGCAGUGGCCAUCUACCACGUACCAUUUUCGGUGGGCGUGGCGGUUUCGACACGGUUAGGCAACUUGAUUGGCGGCGGAUCCUUGACUGCAGCCCGUACUGCUACUCGCAUAUAUAUCCUGACGUUCUUGGCAAUCGGCCUCGUCGACUUCACGUUUCUGACUGGCCUACGAAACGUCCUGCCAAAAGCCUUCACCAAUGAUCCCGAGGUUGUCACAAUCGUCGCUACCGUGCUUCCCCUGCUAGCCGCAUUCCAAUUUGCCGACUCCACGACCGCGCUAGUGAAUGCAAUCCUUCGAGGCCUCGGCAAACAGAACAUAGGAGGCUGGUACAAUCUUUUCAUUUAUUAUGUUAUAGCGGUACCUUUAGCGCUGUAUUUAUGCUUCCCAAAGGAUCUGAAGUUGGUGGGUCUAUGGGCCGGUUGUGCCGUGGGUAGCAGCUGCAUCACGAUAUCGGAAGGUCUGUACAUGAAGUUCUAUGACUGGAACAAGGCUGUCGAAGAUGCUAGAGGCAGGGAAGAAUGA